CUCCACUUCCUGGUUGUGGCUGUCAAACACGGGCUCGGACAACAACGGAUGUCCUCCGACGCCGCCCUGCAUCGCCCCGAGCGACUUCACCGCCGACACAAACCCACAAAUCCUGACCUAUGGCGUUCAGGAAGGCCCUCAAACGAACGGCCAUUAUAGGCAGCGGGGCCGUCGUCACCGGUUUUGGUCUGUCGCAGCUCAUCGAGUACCGGAAAAAGCAGGUACGGUUAACUCAUGUGGCAGCAGAAGCACAGCUGAAGGCUCCUUUUGCAGACGGACUUCCUUCUAGGCAGGGCCAACUUACAAGGCUGAGAAACACGGAGUUUGACGUCCUGGUGGUUGGAGGUGGAGCCACGGGUGCAGGAUGUGCCUUAGACGCCGCCACACGCAACCUAAAGACCGCUCUUGUCGAGAGGAACGACUUUUCUUCCGGGACGAGCAGCCGGAGUACCAAGCUCAUUCACGGCGGUGUCCGUUACCUCCAGAAGGCCAUCAUGAAACUGGAUUACGAGCAGUACAUGAUGGUGAAAGAGGCCCUCCACGAACGAGCCAACCUCCUGGAGAUUGCACCCCACCUGUCGGCGCCACUCCCCAUCAUGCUUCCUGUUUACAAAUGGUGGCAACUGCCUUAUUAUUGGGCCGGAAUCAAAAUGUACGACUUGGUUGCCGGCAUCCAGUGCCUAAAGAGCAGCUAUAUGCUCAGUAAGACCAAAGCCCUGGAGCUCUUCCCCAUGCUAAAGAAGGACAAGCUGGUGGGAGCCAUCGUCUACUAUGAUGGACAGCACAACGAUGCCCGUAUGAACCUGGCUAUUGCCCUCACCGCUGCCCGCUAUGGUGCUGCCAUGGCCAACUAUACGGAGGUGGUUCACCUGCUAAAGAAAAAGGACCCGCAGACCGGCUCUGACAAGGUGUACGGUGCGCGAUGUCGGGACGUGCUUACAGGAGAGGAAUUUGAUGUUAAAGCCAAGUGUGUGAUCAAUGCUACCGGGCCCUUCACGGACUCACUGAGGAAGAUGGAUAACCAAGAAAGUCCGAACAUCUGCCAGCCCAGUGCCGGCGUGCACAUUGUCAUCCCUGGCUACUAUAGUCCCGACAACAUGGGCCUUUUGGAUCCGGCGACAAGCGACGGCCGAGUCAUUUUCUUCCUACCUUGGGAGAAGAUGACCAUCGCUGGAACCACGGACACACCCACCAAUGUGACAGCCCACCCUAUCCCUGGGGAGAAUGACAUCAACUUCAUUCUGAACGAGGUCCGCAACUACCUCAGCCCCGAUGUGGAAGUGAGACGAGGUGACGUGUUGGCGGCGUGGAGUGGCAUUCGCCCACUGGUGACGGAUCCCAACUCCAAAGACACUCAGUCCAUCUGCCGUAAUCACAUAGUCAGCCUGAGUAACAGCGGGAUGGUCACAAUUGCAGGUGGUAAAUGGACCACCUACAGAUCCAUGGCUGAGGAGACUUUGGAUGCUGCCAUUAAAGCACAUACCCUGCCAGCUGAGACCUGCAAGACUGUGGGUCUGAUGUUGGAGGGCGCCAACGGCUGGACGCCGACACUUUACAUACGACUGGUGCAAGACUACGGCUUGGAGCAGGAAGUCGCCCAGCAUCUGGCCUCUACGUACGGAGGGAAGGCAUACGACGUCGCCAAGAUGGCGCAGGUCACGGGGCAAAGAUGGCCGAUCGUCGGAAAAAGACUUGUGUCCGAGUUUCCUUACAUUGAGGCUGAAGUUCUGUAUGCCAUCAGGGAGUACGCCUGCACCGCCAUCGAUGUCAUUGCUCGGCGAACACGUUUGGGCUUCCUGAAUGUGCAGGCAGCCGACGAGGCCCUCCCACGCAUCGUGCAGAUCAUGGCCAAGGAGUUGGGCUGGUGCCAGGAGCGUAAGACGGCCGAGCUUGAAGCAGCUAAGAAGUUCUUGUACCACGAGAUGGGCUACCGGUCUCGCUCUGAGCAGCUGACCAAAACAUCCGAGAUGAAUCUGGACAACCAGGAAGUAGCAAGGUACAAGAAACGCUUCCACAAGUUUGACAAAGAAAGCAAAGGAUUCAUCACCACCGUCGACGUCCAGCAAGUCUUGGAUAGCAUCAAUGUCCACAUCGAUGAGAACGCGCUCCAUGAUAUUCUUAACGAGGUCGAUGUCAACAAGAAUGGACAGAUUGAAAUCGACGAAUUUUUGCAGCUGAUGAGCGCCGUCAAAAAGGGCCAAGUGUCUGACAGUCGCCUGGCCAUCCUCAUGAAGUCCGCCGAGGAGACUCUGGAUAUGAGGGGCCCCGUGACGGUGGACCGCAGCGGGGGCGGAGUCUAAGCCCCGAGCCUUUGUGAGACCUCAUCUGAAUGACAAUGCAAUCAGGCAGAUGGCGGCGGGGAUUUAGCCAAAUCAAGAACGAAACCGGCGCCGCUCUUUAGCUUGUUUUGGGUGAAAUAGAGUCUAGUGGCUGAGAUUUGUUUUGCAUGAGCUGCCUGUUUGUGUUUUGAUUAGUCCUCAGCGUCAAGGUGCCUCCAAUGUUCCACAGAGCACAAUGUAUCUAUUUAUAGCAUCUUUUUAUCUAUUUCUAACGACUUUUAACACCUAUUUUUUUAACUUGACACUAUUGUGCACAUACUAACUGAACACCUGUACUUUACUUUACAGGUCUACCAUCGAAAUAUUCAUUUCCUUACAGCGUACCUUUUUAUUGCUUAACUUUUAUUUCAGGUGUGUCACAAACCUUUUACAGCAGGGACCACUUCACCUUUGGUUUGUUUACUCAACAUACCAAACACCAAAGCAUCCUAGAUUGAAACACUUUAUGAUUUAUUAACGAGCUGUGAUUUUCGUAUUGCUUUUGUAUCUACAAAACCCAAAUACCAGUGAAGUCGUCACGUUGUGUAAAUGGUAAAUAAAAACAGAAUACAAUGAUUUGCAAAUCCUUUUCAACUUAUAUUCAAUUGAAUAGACUGCAAAGACAAGAUACUUAAUGUUCACACUGAAAAACUUAAUUAUUUUUUGCAAAUAAUCAUUAACUUAGAAUUUAAUGGCAGCAACACAUUGCAAAAAAGUUGUCACAGGGACAUAUUUACCACUGUGUUACAUGGCCUUUCCUUUUAAGCUUAACAUUUUAACAUUCCGGGGUCUCGUUGUCGUAUUUUAGGCUUCACAUUUUCAAUGGGAGACAGGUCUGGACUACAGGCAGGCCAGUCUAGUACCCGCACUCUUUUACCAUGAAGCCACGCUGUUGUAACACAUGGCUUGGCAUUGUCUUGCUGAAAUAAGCAGGGGCGUCCAUGAUAACGUUGCUUGGAUGGCAACAUAUGUUGCUCCAAAACCUGUAUGUACCUUUCAGCAUUAAUGGUGCCUUCACAGAUGUGUAAGUUACCCAUGCCUUGGGCACUAAUACACCCCCAUACCAUCACAGAUGCUGGAUUUUGAACCUAGAACAGUCCGGAUGGUUCGUUUCCUCCACAGACGUCCACAGUUUCCAAAAACAAUUUGAAAUGUGGACUCGUCAGACCACAGAACACUUUUCCACUUUGCAUCAGUCCAAUCUUAGAUGAGCUCGGGCCCAGCGAAGCCGGCGGCGUUUCUGGGUGUUGUUGAUAAACGGCUUUCGCUUUGCAUAGUAGAGUUUUAACUUGCACUUACGGAUGUAGCGGCCAACUGUAGUUACCGACAGUGGUUUAGUGAAGUGUUCCUGAGCCCAUGUGGUGAUAUCCUUCACACACGGUUGUCGAUUUUUGAUGCAGUACAGCCUGAGGUAUCGAAGUUCCGUAAUAUCAUGGCUUACGUGCAGUGAUUUCUCCAGAUUCUCUAAACCUUUUGAUGAUAUUACGGAGCGUAGAUGGUGAAAUCCCUAAAUUCCUUGCAAUAGCUGGUUGAUAAAUGUUGUUCUUAAACUGUUUGCUCAGGCAUUUGUUGACAAAGUGGUGACCCUCGCCCCGUCCUUGUUUGUGAAUGACUGAGCAUUUCAUGGAAGCUGCUUUUAUACCCAAUCAUGGCACCCACCGUUUCCCAAUUAGCCAGUUCACCUGUGGGAUGUUCCAAAUAAAUGUUUGAUGAGCAUUCCUCAACUUUUUUGAAACAUGUUGCAGGCAUCAAAUUCCCAAAUGAGCUAAUAUUUGCAAAAAAUAACAAAAGUUUUCCGGUUCGAACGUUAUGUAUCUUGUCUUUGCAAUAUUGAAUACAGGUUGAAAAGGAUUUCCCGCCACCCCAAAAGGGACAAGCGGUAGAAAAUGGAUGUAAUCUGUUUUUAUUUACCACUUACACAACAUGCCAACUUCACUGGUUUUGGGUUUUGUAAUAAUAUUGGUCACAAUAAUCGUUACAUUGAGGUCCUGGUUUACUAAGAUCCAAACACCACGUGCUAAACAGCGUGUGCAAACUAUUAUAGGCCGUGUUACGCUGCGAUUUACUAAAACUGCACGUGCAAUUGUAAAUUGGUGCGGAUCGCCUUAUUUAAAUGAGGAUUUUUAUGUGUACUAUGUACGGAGCAUCGCCAUGGAGACAUUCAUUUACCGCACAUUCAUGUUAUCACCUGGUGGUUUUGCGGUGUCUUCAAACAUGCGGGAGACAUCUACCACUUUUUAGGGGCAUUUUAGAAGCAGUUGUGCGCUCAAUAUGCAAACAAAUUCUAACAAAGAAAUGUUUUCUUAUAAGAUAUAUUUUUAAAAAAAAUAUUGUAUGUGAAAAAAAACAAACGUCAUUAAAAAAAUACACCAAAAUGCAUACAUUUGUUUUAACCUCUAAAGGCUUAGUGGCCACAUGCGUGGACAGCACCUUUUUAGCUCUUAUUUCCAAAAUUGUGUACACUACUGAAUUGGGGUCUUAUGGCCACUUAUGUGGACACUUAUACUGCCAUCUGGUGGUGUCAGAAAAGUAUAACAUACAAUGGAAUUUGGAAAAAAAAAAAAAGUGUAAAAAUAAAAAUGUGCAUGUAACUACACAUGAAGUACACGUUUGUGUACUUAUGGACUAAGUUUCAUCAUAUUAAAAGAUGAUUUUUAGUUUUUAUUCUAAUUAGGGUCCAAUAAGCCCAAAUAGCAAAGAGAAUGAUGUAAACAAACAGCAUGUAAACAAACAGCUUUGGAGUUAAGAGGUUAAUCAGCCCUUCAGGUCCUCUAGCAGCUAUAGAAUUAUAAAAUGAUGUUGCUGAAUAGAUAAUAUGUCUUUAGUUCUGACCGUCCAUGAAUGAUGACACACACACACACACGUAGGACGGAGGAUUCCGGUCUGAUCCUGCAGCCGUGUGUGGAACUGUUCAGUUUUUAUGUCCUCACAGGUGCUAAGUAAAGUGCAAAGUAGUGCCCGCAAAAGGCUGAUGAGUGUUGAUAAAUCACGCGUGUUGAAUAAUUAUAUUUGCAUCCUCUCCUCCCAGCAUUGUGAUGAUCAGCGUAUAUUUUGCAUAAUAAUGAAGACAGAGGCACCUCAUUCUGCUCACUUAAUCGACGCAAUCCACUUUGCACACGUUCAGUAGGUCAUCAAGUUUGCACUCGUUUUAGUACACGCAAACCUUUGGUAAAUCAGGCCCUAAAUGGUCUUCUCCUCUCUAAUGAGGAUCUAGCUACGAACAAUGGGAGACCGGGCUUUCUGCUCCGCCGCUCCCAGUCUGUGGAACGCUCUCCCUGACCACCUGAGGGCACCACAGACUGUGGAUGCUUUUAAAAAAGGCUUAAAAACCCUUCUUUUAAAAAAAGCCUUUUUUUUAGAUAUAUGCAUACUAGUAGAUCUGUGUCUGUGGAACGCUCUCCCUGACCACCUGAGGGCACCACAGACUGUGGAUGCUUUUAAAAAAGGCUUAAAAACCCUUCUUUUAAAAAUAAAGCCUUUUUUUUUAGAUAUAUGCAUACUAGUAAAUCUGUGUCUGUGGAACGCUCUCCCUGACCACCUGAGGGCACCACAGACUGUGGAUGCUUUUAAAAAAGGCUUAAAAACCCUUCUUUUUUUUAAAAAAAGCCUUUUUUUAGAUAUAUGCAUACUAGUAAAUCUGUGUCUGUGGAACGCUCUCCCUGACCACCUGAGGGCACCACAGACUGUGGAUGCUUUUAAAAAAGGCUUAAAAACCCUUCUUUUAAAAAUAAAGCCUUUUUUUUAGAUAUAUGCAUACUAGUAAAUCUGUGUCUGUGGAACGCUCUCCCUGACCACCUGAGGGCACCACAGACUGUGGAUGCUUUUAAAAAAGGCUUAAAAACCCUUCUUUUUUUAAAAAAAAAAGCCUUUUUUUAGAUAUAUGCAUACUAGUAAAUCUGUGUCUGUGGAACGCUCUCCCUGACCACCUGAGGGCACCACAGACUGUGGAUGCUUUUAAAAAAGGCUUAAAAACCCUUCUUUUUUUUAAAAAAAGCCUUUUUUUAGAUAUAUGCAUACUAGUAAAUCUGUGUCUGUGGAACGCUCUCCCUGACCACCUGAGGGCACCACAGACUGUGGAUGCUUUUAAAAAAGGCUUAAAAACCCUUCUUUUAAAAAUAAAGCCUUUUUUUUAGAUAUAUGCAUACUAGUAAAUCUGUGUCUGUGGAACGCUCUCCCUGACCACCUGAGGGCACCACAGACUGUGGAUGCUUUUAAAAAAGGCUUAAAAACCCUUCUUUUUUUUAAAAAAAAGAGCCUUUUUUUAGAUAUAUGCAUACUAGUAAAUCUGUGUCUGUGGAACGCUCUCCCUGACCACCUGAGGGCACCACAGACUGUGGAUGCUUUUAAAAAAGGCUUAAAAACCCUUCUUUAAAAAAAAAAAAGGCUUUUUUUUAGAUAUAUGCAUACUAGUUAUAGCUAUUAGGCUGUUUUAGUUUUUAUUUAUUUUUAUUAUCUUUUUAUUUUAAUUUUUUUAAUACACUGUAGCACUUUGAGGUUGUUUACUCAAUGUAAAGUGCUUUAUACAAAUAAAAUAUAUUAUUAUUAUUAUUAUUAUUAUUAUCAAGUUUGAUAAGGAUAUUUACACGCUUUGUUUUCCAAGUCAAAACAAUAUUCUAUAUAUUGAAAAGGGUGCAGGUCAUUAAAAAGCAAGCUGUGGAACACAAACGGCCCCCAAGCCGCAUUUUGAACACCAGUGCCAUAACUAAUAAGUGAUGCAUGGUAGACCUGCAAAGUACAAAAAAGGUUUUCAUUUGUGUUUGACCUCAUGGUUACUGUCCAGGGGGGUCAACACUGCCGGGGUCAAUGCAAAAGAGACUUUUAAAGUGAAAGCCGAGUACUACUUCCUGUCUGUCGCAGCGAUAACUAAAUCCUACUGAUAUACUGAUGUUUACAGGUUUCAAGCUUUAUCUGCACUGCAAGUGUUUAGUCACUAAGCUUAACUUACUUUUAAAGACAUUGCAAAACAGGAUUAAAAAGGUGAUUGUAUAUUUUUAUUAUUCGGUGAGAAAUGCAUGCUUAUAUUCUCCAAGUGGUGUGUUGGAAGUGUAUGUUUUCUUUUGAAGAGACAUUUAUAUUUCAGUGUAAAAGAAGAUCAUGUCCCAGCACGCUCACUGUUCAUGUUUUGGGAAGGAUGCAUGAAUGAGGACGUGUGCCUUCUCAUGUUGAGACAGAACCACUCAUGAACGCUGCCAAGACUUUUUUACUGACUUUAAAAGGUCUGAUGCCCUUAGAUGAUCUUCAUAUCUCACAAUCUAAUCAUUCAACUGCAGGGAUUCAAACUUAGGUUGUCAUUGCUCAGUGUGCCUUUUAGUGCAUAGGUGUCAAAGUCAAUGGGGUGAUAUUUGAUUAGUAUUAAAACCUGUUUUGCACGCACCGAUACUCCAUAUUAUUACUAACCCCGUUUCCAUAUGAGUUGGGAAAUGGUGUUAGAUGUAAA